AAUCAGCGCUCACAGCACUAUAUUAGUGCCGUUUACUCCAACCCGUGGUCACACAGAAGAGCCCCUCUCUGCCCUCCCCUCCUGCGGUACUUUCCCUUCGAUUUUUAAUGCGAGAAGAGUUCAGCACUCUCUUCCGUCUGUGUACACACGAACUAGCGCUAUCACACUAGGCCAGGAGCGGAAGGGGUGAUCGUGCGGUCCGCCGCCGACAUCGACGACAGCGACUUCGUCCGAGUCAUCUCGAGGGGGGAGAUCGUGGAGGGCACCGGCCAGGUCCAGAUGUUCGACAACGUCGAGAGAGUCCAGGUUGCCGACGGCUGGAUUAGCAUGCGGCUGAGGGAAGAUGACGGCGCUCUUGGCGACGUUUUGCUCGAGAAAAUCUAA